AUGACUGGACGCGGCAAGGGAGGUGCGUUUGAUGGGGCCGGCAAGUCGAGGUUCGGUGGUGCUGGAAAAGGCACCGCGGCGCCAAACAGCAGCGGGACGCGUGGUGUGGCCGCUAGGAGGCACCGCAAGAUUGUUCGUGAUUCCAUUCAUGGAAUAACGAAGGGUGACAUCAAACGUCUCGCCCGCCGUGGAGGUGUCAAGCGUAUAUCCGCAAUGAUAUAUGAUGACACCCGUGACGCCAUGAAGGCGCAUCUGCAGCUGAUUCUCAAGGACUGCAUAAUAUUUUUAGAGCACGCAGAUCGCAAAACCGUCACUGUCGGAGAUGUUCUUUUUGCCCUCAAGAGAAUCGGCCGUCCGAUCUACGGAUUCGGCAAUGGUUACUUGCAAUCGGACGCGCCGAAUCGCAAGAAGCGCAAGGAGUAA